AUGGGGUCACGAGAAGAAAUGGCGCAUUCUCUUCCCGUUCUCCUUGAGAACAUACAUAGUACAUACACCUUUCUCUAUCUCUCGCGCUCACUAUCAGGGGUCUGGGAUUGA